AUGGCGAAGAAUGUUCGAGGUUGUGCGGACUUGGUGAUAGAUGCAUGGCAGGUUCACUGUCGGCCUGCCGAAGGGUCAGGGAAGAUGAAGGCGGUUUGCAUCGCCUCCCUGGCUCUGCUGCUGGCAACGAGUGGAGUGCUGGCGGAGAAAAAUGCAAGCUGUCGCGAGCUAGGAUUCACUGAAACCCUGGUGUGCUCCAAAUGCACAAGGCUGGAGGAAAGCAUCAAAGACACAGAUCUAGUCUCCGAGUGUCGAUCGUGCUGUAGCGAGGACGUGGACGACGCGUCUGCCGCCUUCCCUGAUGUCGUAACAUUCAUCGAUGAGAAGGCGAAACAAUUUCCUAAAGUUAGCGUCAGAUACCAGCGUGGAGCUCCUCCAACUCUGUACCUCAAGGAUGAGAAGGGAGGAGAGAUCGACAAGAUUCGAAUCGACAGUUGGAACACUGACACGAUCGUUGAGUUCAUGAAGGAACGCUUGGCGUAG